GCUUGUAGGAGGCCAGGACCUUUACCCACGAGAGCAGGCCGCUCGCUCACCAGAAACCCUGCAUCCCGUCCAGAAGGGAAUUCACCAGGACCAUCAAGAAUGGAAGGUGUCCCAGGAGACUACAGCAAACGAGUAUAUCAAGGCGUGAGAGUGAAGCACACAGUCAAAGAUCUGCUGGCAGAAAAACGAUCCAAGCAGACAAGUAACUCAAGAUUUAAUGGCAGCGUCGGUUCCUCCCCGUCUCCGUUUGUCCAGGUGCCAGCAGGUUCACCGGUCAUGUCCGGGUACUACGGCGUCCGAAGAUCGUUCCUGUCCGACUCGGACUUCCACAGCACCAAGCAAUUUGCCAACGAUGCGUGCACCUCCAGCGGGGCCAGGCCCUUUCCCUGCGAGUCCUCAGCCGGGCAGAGCCACCCCGCCCUCCUAGACUCCUACUUCCCGGAGCCCUAUGCGGACCACCGCCCGCCGGCCCUCACCCCCAGCGCGGGCCCUCUGUUCAGCGCCUCGCCCCUGCCGCCGCUCCUGCCACCGCCCUUCCCCAGCGACCCCACACACUUCGUGCUGAGAGACUCCUGGGAGCAGACAGUGCCGGAUGGUCUCAGCCAGCUCGACCCUGUGCCCACCGACACCCUGCAGACCUUGCCACCCAGCACGAGUUGCCUGUCCCAGCUGGAGUCGGGGAGCACUGCCCAGCACCGGAGCCCCAGCUGGGGGCCUCCCCUGGCUGGAGCUCAGUCUUACUCGUUGCAUGCACUGGAGGAUCUGUACCACACACCAGGGUACCCCACCCCGCCCCCAUAUCCCUUCGCCCCCUUCACCACAGUGUCCAACGACCUACCACCCAAGGCAGUGCCCCUCUCACCAGACGAGGGGUCAGAUGCCUCUGCCCUUCAGGACCCAUCUUCAUGGACCAAAGAGGACGGGAGCAUGGUGUGGGGGUCAUACGAGUGCCGCCGAGCUUACUGAGGGAUGCACCGAAGAAUCUCUCUGCUUUUCUUUAACUGGGGUUCUGUGUCUCACAGGUGGUUUUUGGUGUGGGAGUCACUCGGAACUGGAUUUUCAAAAUGGGCCACCAUGCCCCUCUUGAUUAGUGGACAAUGGAAUUUAUUUGUAAUAUUCCCCAGGGGCCACAUUCUAAUGAGACAACCUGCCAGUGAGGUUUUGAGGAACUUUAGUAACCUGCUGCACUCUGAAUCUUCUGUUGUCUUUGAGGUAUCAUUUCUGGCACUGAUAUU